CUCCUUUGACUAAGAUUUUUAUAAGUUAACCCGCCUUGCUGGUCGCCCUCUUCCUCUUCCACACCACCGGCGACGGCGAUCACCUACCGAAUCACGGCCAUGGAAGCGAUUCCUUCCUUGUCGGCGACUCCUCUUCCUCUCACCACGCGUGGCGGAGGCGGGACGGAUUGGCCAUCGCCGCUUACCCUCUUCCUCCACCGGCAUGCCUUCCCCGCGAGCCACCGCCUUACUGCCCUAUGCUCUUUCGACUCGCCUCCCACUCCCGUCAUUGGAUCCUCUCGGAGAUGGUGUCGGAGGGGAAACGUCGCUGCCUCCGCGUCUUCGUCGGCGGAAUCGGGCGGGGGAGAAGAGGCGGAUGAGGCGGAGGUGGAGAGGGCGUUGGGAAUGGACGGAAGAAUCCCGGGGAGCUCUCAGGAGUUCGUGAAGAGAGUCUCGUCGCGCGCGUACAACCUGCGCCGGAAGGUCAUGCAGUCCCUCGAUUCAAUCGCCUACGAUGUGUUGGAGACCAACCCAUGGAGAGAAGCCACAAAGCCAGUUUAUGUGUUGACUCAAAGAGAUAACCAAUUAUGGACCAUGAAAACGCGGAGGAAUCACAGCGAGGUAGAAUCGGAACUUGGAAUGCUAUUCGCUAAAGGAGGAAGGCGUGGAUCAGGAUUUGAUAGUAAAACUAAACAGAGUACCGGAACAAAAUUUGAGAUGCUUGUGGAAGAUAUCACAGAAGGAGUGCUUAUCUUUGAAGAUGAGCAAGAGGCAGUGAAAUACUGUGACAUAUUAGAGGGAGGAGGUCAAGGUUGUGAAGGCAUUGCAGAAGUGGAGGCGUCCUCUGUUUUUGAUAUUUGUCGUACGGUGGGGGCUCUAGCUGUUCUUUUUCGGCGAGGAAGGACACCCCCUCUACCCAAAAGCCUUGAGCAACAUCUAAGGGCUAAGAAGAGAUCACUGGAGGAUUAGGACUCAAGUGUCCAACAAGAACACAAACAUCCGAUACUUUGUGUUCAACUGAACAAAUACAGAAGUUCAUCUGAUUCAAAGAAACAUAACCGAGAAAUAGGAUGAAAACUUGAUAGUAAAAAUCAGAUGCAGAUUCUGAUGUAUGAUUGAACAAGAAUAUGGACUCAUGGUGUGAUUGUUUACCAUACGAUAGGAAAGCAAAGAAACUUAUAGAUCUCAAGGUGCUGUUUUGCAGGUAUUUGGACUUUCUUUC